AUUGGUUUGUUCUACUAAUAUAACCUUCAAUAAUUUGUUCUACUGGGUGGUCGUCUUGUUGAUCUAUCCUUCUCCUUGAUGCCGAGAACUUCGAGCCACCGAUCCAAGAUGCAGCAGCAUCUAAGGUAGCCUGAGAAAGUCUCAUAAACAGAAACGAUAUUUCACAAAUACUAUUAAAAUGAACAGAAACGAUAUAAAAUAGCACUCACAAUUUUUUUUUUAUAAUUUUAGUUAGCAAAACAGAAGAAAAUAUGUUGAAAACAAUGACAGUGACAGCUGAACAAAAGAGUAUAUUUUUUGUCGAUCGAAAUUGCCCAAUGAACCAAAGGAAUAAAGGGGAUUUUGACGUAAAUUUCGCACUAGCUAGCUGUAGUUGACAAUCAUUGGUGCACCAAAUGAAAGCUGAAGCAACACAACACUCUCUUCUACUUCUAAUUCCCAUCUGCAGUUAUUAGCCCCAAAUCCUGGGGUUACGGUUUCAUCUGCGUCGAUGGCUUCGAAUUCGAUCGACGGCGACGCCGUAUUGGGGUCGGGGCUGUGCAUAAACGACGUGUUAAGGGACGACGAGCUGCGUUCCAUUCUGGGGCGUGUGGAGAGCGAGAAGGACAAGGAAACGUUCGGGCUGGUCUGCAAGCGAUGGCUCCGGCUGCAGAGCACAGAAAGGAAGAAGCUCGCCGCACGUGCGGGCCCUCACAUGCUCCGAAAAAUGGCCGAUAGGUUCACACGCUUGGUCGAAUUGGACCUCGCUCAGUCCGUCUCUCGUUCCUUCUAUCCUGGCGUCACCGAUUCCGACCUCGCCGUCAUCGCCACUGCCUUCACUUGCUUGAAGAUCCUCAAUUUGCAUAAUUGUAAAGGAAUUACAGAUGCUGGAAUGAAGGCGAUUGGUGAAGGUCUUUCCUUAUUACAGUCGUUGGAUGUGUCGUACUGUAGAAAGCUCACUGACAAGGGAUUAUCAGCUGUUGCCAAAGGCUGUUGUGACCUAAGGAUAUUGCAUAUGGCUGGUUGCAGAUUUGUUAAUGAUGGUGUAUUAGAAGCUCUCUCCAAAUAUUGUCGUAACUUGGAGGAGUUGGGAUUGCAAGGGUGCACAAGUAUUACUGAUAAUGGACUGAUAAACCAUGCAAGUGGCUGUCGACAGAUCAGGUUUUUAGACAUCAAUAAAUGCAGUAAUGUUAGUGAUGUUGGGGUUUCUAGUUUUUCUAGUGCUUGUUCGUCUUCUCUCAAGACAUUGAAGUUGUUAGAUUGUUACAAAAUUGGUGACGAAACCAUAUUAUCCAUUGCCGAAUUCUGUGGUAAUCUGGAGACUUUAAUCAUUGGUGGUUGCCGGGAUGUCUCUGCUGAUGCGAUAAAGUCGCUGGCUACUGCAUGUGGAAGCAGCCUUAAGAACUUGAGGAUGGAUUGGUGUUUAAACACUUCUGAUUCUUCAUUGAGUUGUGUUUUAAGCCAAUGCAGAAACCUUGAGGCACUGGACAUUGGUUGCUGUAUAGAGUUGACUGAUGCUGCUUUUCAGCUAAUGAGCAAUGAGGAGCCUGGAUUGAGUUUGAAGAUUUUGAAGGUUAGUAAUUGUCCAAAGAUCACAGUGGCAGGUAUAGGAAUUAUUGUGGGUAAAUGCACUUCCCUGCAAUACUUGGAUGUGAGGUCAUGCCCGCAUAUUACAAAGGCUGGCCUAGAUGAGGCUGGUUUCCAUUUUCCUGAAUUCUGCAAGAUUAAUUUUAAUGGUAGUAGCAUCAGUGAGCCUGUUGUGCUUCUUUGAUACCCUAAUUAUUUUAAAAGAUUGGCUUCAUAGUUAAAUGUUCCUAUGUAAACUUUAUUGGUAAGGCGUGCCUUUGUAAAUUUGAUGAGAAUCUGGGCUGUUCUGGUGUGGUUAGUUUUCUUGUGCAACCCAUGUAUGAUGUAGCAUGUAUAUCAGUGCACUAAAUGGUAUUGGAUGUAUCAUAUUUUAUUGAUCAGUUCAGUUGUAAAUUUGAAGAGAACAUUUUCCCCCCUCUCGCUUUCCACAAAUUUGUACUUUUCACUUGAUUAGCCCUGAAUAUGAGCAUAAGAUGGUUGCUUUCCUUUCUGUCACGGGAAGAUUUUCGAUAGAACUAAAUUUCUAUGUUUGAUUAAAUGGGUUCAGUUUAAAUGAUCAUUAGCUUUGUCAAAAUUAGUUUCACUCGCUUGGUCGAGUUGGACUACUCCAAGUUCGCUUCACUCAUUGGUGGUUGCUGGCAUGUCGCUGGUGACUGCUUGUGGUAGCAGCCUUAAAAUCUUGGGGGUGGAAACAUUUCUGAUUCUGCAGUGAGCUGUAUUUUAAGUCGAUGCAGAAACCUUGAGUUGACUGAGGCUGCUUUUCAUCUUAUGAGCAAUGAGGAGGCUGGAUUGAGUUUGAAGAUAUUGGAUGUUAGUUAUUGUGACGAGAUCACAGUGGCGGCAGAAUUCAUGAGUGGGACGACGGAGAACUGAAGAAGAAGGGGCAUUUCACAUUUACUCAAUCUAAGCUACUCAUUGACAAUCAUUGAUUCAUGCACCAAAUUAGGGUUCUUCUUUCCUGUAUGUCUGAGGUAAGGCUUUGUUGUUAUGUUACGCCAGUAAUAAUUCCCAUUUGCAAUCAGCCCUAAAUCCUGGGGUUAGGGUUUCCUCCGCAUCAAUAUCAAUGUCUUUGAAACGGGGAUCGCCGCUGUGCAUAAACGAUGUUUUAACGGACGACGUGUUGUGUUUGAUUCUGGGGUGCGUAGAGAGCACCAAGGACAAGGAAGCGUUCGGGUUGGUUUGCAAAAGAUGGCUUGGGUUGCAGAGCACGGAAACGAAGAAGAUCACCGCACGUGCGGGUCUCCACAUGCUCCGAAGAAUGUCUGAUAGGUUCACACGCUUGGUCGAAUUAGACUACUCCCAGUUCGCUUCCCAUCGCAUCUAUCCCGACAUCACCGAUUCCGACCUCGCUGUCAUUGCUAGAGGCUUCCCUUGCCUGAGAAAUUACAGAUUCUGGAAUGAAAGCCAUUGGCGUAGGUCUUACCCUAUUGCAGUCGUUGGACGUGACACUCUGUACAAGGCUGACGGACAUGGGAUUAUCGGUUGUUGCCAAAGGCUGUUGUGACUUAAGGAUAUUGCGUAUGGCUGCAUGCAAAUUUGUUACAGAUGGUGUAUUGGUAGCUCUCUCCAAAAAUUGUCAUGACUUAGAGGAGUUGAGAUUGGAACUCACAAGUAUUACCGAUGAUGGACUCAUAAGCCUUGCAAGUGGCUGUCAUCAUACCAAGAUUUGAAACCUCUAUUUAUGCCAGCCGUAAAGUCAGUGAUGUUGGGGUUUCUAGUAUUUGUAGGGCUUGUUCUCGUCUCAAGACAUUGAAAUUGAUGGAUUGCUACGAAAUUGGGGACGGAACAAUAUUAUCCUUGGCCAAGUUCUGUGGUAAUCUGGAGACUCUAAACAUUGUUGGUUCUGAGGAUGUCUCUGCCGAUGCCAUGAAGACACUGGCUACUGCUUGCGGAAGCAGCCUUAAAAUCUUAAGUAUGGAUGGAUGUCCAAACGUUUCUGAUUAUUUAGUGAGUUGUAUUUUAUGUCAAUGCAGAAACCUUGAGGCCUUGGGCGUUAGGUGCUGUGAAGAGUUGACUGAUGUGGCUUUUCAGCUUAAAAGCAAUGUGGAGCCUGGAUUGAGUUUGCAGAUGUUGGAUAUUAGUUACUGUGAAAAGAUCAGUGUUGGGUAUAUGCAUUCUUGUGAGUAAAUGCCCUUCUCCGAAAAAUUUGUAUGUGAGUUCAUGCCCGCAUAUAACAGGCUGAUUUCCAUCUUCCUAAAUGCCGCGAUAUUCACUUUUUAUAUAGUGGUAUCACUGAGCAUGUCCAUGCCGUGUUUUUUUUUUUUUUUUUAAGGUGAGCUUGCUGUGUUUCUUUGGUACCAUAUAUAUAUAUUUUAAGAGAUUGGCUUCUUUGCUA